AUGGAGGACGAGAGGAACACCCAGCAGCACCAGGGCGGUGAGGCCCAGGAGAACGCCGCCGCCGAUCAGGUGGAGGUGAAGGACAGGGGACUCCUGGACAGCCUUCUCGGCAGGAAGAAGCACGAGGACCAGGAGAAGAAGCAGGAGGAGGAGCUGGCGACCGGCAUGGAGAAGGUCACCGUGUCCGAGCCCGAGAAGCACGAGCACAAGAAGGAGGAGGAGCACGAGGCCGGCGAGAAGAAGGAGAGCCUUCUCGCCAAGCUGCACCGCACCAGCUCCAGCUCCAGCUCGUCGAGCGACGAGGAAGAGGAGGUGAUCGAUGAGAACGGCGAGAUCGUCAAGACGACGAAGAAGAAGGGCCUUAAGGAGAAGAUCAAGGAGAAGCUGCCGGGCCACCACACGGCCGUGCCAGCCCCGGUGGCGGCGCCCGCGCCCGUGGUGGAGACGCACGCUCACCACCACCAGGAGGAAGAGCACAAGCCGCACUUCCCGGCCCCGGCGCCUCCCCCGGGCGUGGAGACGCACGUCCACCAGCACGACCACGGUGUCGUCGUCCAGAAGGUCGAGGACGACGUGAAGACGGAGACCCCACAGGCACCGCCGGAGGAGGAGAAGAAAGGCCUACUGGACAAGAUCAAGGAGAAGCUCCCCGGGGGCCACAAGAAGCCAGAAGCAGACGCUGCCGCUGCCGCACCGGCCGCCGUCCACGCGCCGGCGCCUGCACCGCACGCCGAGGACGUGAGCAGCCCGGAUGGUAAGGAGAAGAAGGGCUUGCUGGGCAAGAUCAUGGACAAGAUACCCGGCUACCACAAGAGCUCAGGUGAAGACGACCACAAGGACGCCGCCGGCGAGCACAAGACCAGCUCCUAA